AUGCCUCGAUACAAUUACACGUAUGAGCAAACUUGCAAAAAAAAUAAUAUGAGCAACCUUGUAAAUAUGUGUCAUUUUCUUGCGCCAAGAUACAUGCCUGAUGAAUUUCAUUCUAAUAUUUAUUGGGUCGGAAAACUAAAAUUCUUGCAGGAGUUAAUCGAAUUUAGAGUGGGUAAGGAGAGGGAAGGUUUUGAACCGAGUCAGCUCGGGCAAUUGAAAGAGAUUGGGGGAUCACUUGGCAUUUAUAAUCUUGAAAAGGUGCAAACAAAGGAAGAAGCAAACGAAUUAAAACUGAUACACAAGAACCACUUACGAGAACUCGUAUUAGAAUGGGAUGUUGGGGGCACUAACAAGGAUCCUGUAAAGGAAGGAUAUGUUCUUGAAAGUCUUGUACCACAUAACAAUCUUCAAGAGCUGUGCAUUAGAGGGCAUGGGGGCACUAAUUGCCCAGCAUGGCUAUGCACUAAUCUCUCGGUUAAAUGUUUGGAAUCUCUUUGUCUGGAUGGUGUAUCUUGGAAGAAUCUUCCACCGCUAGAAGAAAUGUGGAUGGUUGAUGAGCUUGACGAAGAGUAUCAGGGUUGUAGUUUCCCUCCUCCAAGCUUUUAUAAUUUGAAAAGCCUACAAUUAAGUAGAAUAUCUAGGUUGAAAAGGUGGGUUGGAAGUGGCACUUGUCCUAAUUUUUCUCACCUGGAAGUGCUCGUCAUUAAAAAUUGCUCUGAACUCAUCGAGUUGCCGUUUUCAUGUCCUCCUACUUGUUGUCAAGCACAGCAGGAGGAGAAAAUAAGCUGGUUUCCUAGACUAGGAAAGCUUGAGGUUGUUGACUGCCCGAAACUAGUGUCGUUGCCUCCUAUCCCUUGGCGGACUGGUGAUCCGUGCUCUGCUCAAAUAGAAAGCGUGGGAUCAGGAUUUGAGCAGCUUGUUUACCCAAGGAAAUACAUAUCGAAAUUAAGCUUGGAAAUUGAGGGAAAGGGUGGUCAGGCUGACGUGUUCUGGAGUGGGUUGAAUUUCUCCUACCUGACUGAUCGAGAAGAGUUGCGUAUGAAAAAGAUGCCCCCCAUGCCGCUGGAUGACUUCCAGGUGCUGGCAUCUCUGAAGAAGAUUGAGAUAGAUGGUGUGAGCAGAAUCUUGCCGCAGGUAGAAGGUGAUCGGUGUCAUGGCGUAUACCGGUUUCCAGUUGAAGAACUCGACAUCUGCAGGUGUGAUACUAGUGGGAAAGAAUUGACGCUGCUGCUCUCUUUCCUUCCGAGCCUCUCAAAGUUGAAAAUAGAAGAGUGUGAGAAUAUAACUGGGUUGGGUGUGGUAGAGGAUGCAGAAACUGUUUCUGGAGAGCAGGAACAACAGACAAGAGUUGGAGAGGAGGAAAUAAUAAUAGCAGCGGUAGCAGAAGGAAUGUUGCUCUUGCCUCCCCAGCUACAAGAGUUGCAGAUUUUACAUUGCAAAAAGAUGAGCUUGCUCUCUGGCCCACUGCAUAACAACGACCAGCAAUCAGCAGCGGGAGAAGUAAGGGGAGGGGGGCUCCAGAGUCUCUGCUCCCUUCGCGUCUUGUAUGUUAUAUGUUGCGACGAGUUCCUCUCUUACUAUUCAUCCUCGUCAUCAGCUUGUUUCCCUUUCCCGGCAUGCCUGCAACGCUGCACCCUAAGCCGCGUGAGGUACAUGGAGACACUGCAACUCCUCUCAAACCUCACCUCUCUCACUGAAUUAUUCUUGAAUAUGUGGGGGGCUUCAAAAGAUGAGGGCGUAUGGCCUCUUCUAGCCCAUGGCCGCCUCGCAAAACUAACCGUCUACACUACUACUCCUACCUCCGAUUUCUUCACCGGUUCCGAUCCGUCAGACCCACAUGACAGAGAGGUUUUUUCCCGUUCCUCCAAGCUCUUUGAUCUGAGUACAGAGAACAACACAGGAGUCCUUGAUGUUUCCAUCUGCAGCCUCCUCUCUGCCACCCUCACCAGAUUUGAGCUCUGUUUCGACGACGAGGUAGAGCGCUUGACAGAGGAGCAAGAGAAGGCCCUUCAGCUUCUGACAUCCCUCGAGAAGAUCCGAUUUUGUGGGGGAGACAAGCUGCAGCGCCUCCCCGAAGGGCUACACAAGCUUAUCAACCUCAAGCAAUUAGUGAUCUGUGCGUGUUCAGCCAUCAGGUCGCUGCCCAGCCUUCCGAGCUCUCUGCAGGAAUUGGUGAUGAAACGUUGUGGUGCCAUCAAGUCGCUGCCGAACAGCCUCCCGAGUUCUCUGGAAAUAUUGAAGAUCAUCCAGUGUGAUGCCAUCAAGUCGCUGCCCAAAGAUGUCCUUCCAAGUUUAGUGCGAGUGUUAGAUGUCAGCUGUGGCAACAGCCAGGAGCUAAAGAGGGAGUGCCGCAAUCUGAUAGGAACCAUCCCUAUUGUCAGAACCUACUCAAUCCAAGGGUUCUUCUACUAG